UCAGGUCUUUACCAAAGAAGUGGGAAGCCAAAAUUGCAGCUGUGGCAAAAGCAAAGAACCUCAAUACUCUAUGGAUGAAUGGAUUGGAUCUCAUUACACAAGAGAUGACCAUAAAGAUUAAUAAGCAGCCUACUCAAGUGAAUAUUGCUCUCAAGGCCAAGGAACUCUUAAUCAGAUGAAAGCUCAACAGAUGAUGAUGAAGAAUAAGAAGAAUUGUUAGAAAAUGUAGCAAUUUUUUUAACAAAAAAGGGAUUUGUAUGAAGAAAAAUGUAUAAUAAAGAUGAAUCAAAAAAGAAAGAUGAUAUUACUUGUUCUGAAUCAGGGACAUGCUCAUGCAGACUGUCCUCUCCUCAAAAUAAAUAAAUAUAAAUAAAUAAAAAGAUGGCAGCUACACAGAGUGGUUCAAACAUGGACCAGACCCUGGCAGUGAGUCUAAUGGCAAGUCUGAAGGAAGAACCUAAGGUAGUCCGAAUGCUUUCUAGUGCAGUUAGUGGCUUUCUAGCUCGCACGGAUCUCAUACCCAAAGUUUGUACAGGUUUUCCAAAAGGCUUUCUAGCACAAGGGUUGUAAUAUUGUUUCAUAGUAAAUUCUCAAGCUGUUGCUUGAGGACUGGAUGGUUACAAGAGUGUCAUGGACAACUGCAUGGAAAAUGCAAAGGUGCUAAAAGAGGGUAUAAAGAAAACAGGGCGGUUUGAGAUCAUCUCAGAGGAUGUUGGGGUGCCGCUUGUGGCCAUUGCUCUUAAAGACAGCAACACAUAUACAGUGUUCGAGAUAUCAGAGAGCCUGCGGAAGUUUGGGUGGAUUAUUCCAGCCUGCACGAUGCCUCCUAAUGCCCAACAUCUGGCAGUCCUUCGUAUCGUGAUAAGGGAGGAUUUAAACAGGAACAGGGCGGAGAGGCUCGUAUUGCUCAUUCAGAAAGUUUUGAAGGAGUUGGAUGAACUCCAUAGUCGCAUCGCUGCCCAUGUGACACCUGCCAAGGAUGAAAAAGAGCACCAGAAGGAAGAGGAAGUUGUGAGGUACUGGAGAAGGCUUGUGUAUCACGAUGGAACUAGCAGGGUAUGCUAGGCCUCUGCUAAGAUAUAGCAAUCUGUCCAGCAAGUUCCUAGCAAGUUCGUUGUCUUUUUGGUACUAAGCUACAUGGGGAUGUGUUUGUUGUAGUUCUAAUCCAUGAAAAUAAAAUGUGCAGACAAACUCAGUUUGAACAACUGAAUGAUCGAUUCUGUAUUCCAGCUGCCAGUUAGAAGUCCGCCAAUCCAUAUUCUAUUAAUCAACAAUAUAUGGGUUGUGACACUUACGUGUUUAUGCUUGUGUGUGCAUUUGCAAAUGAAUAGAGCUGAUACUAUUGUGGGACAGUU